UGUCGGCCACGAGACUCCACCCGCUCUACCGGUAUUUUCGUUGCAUCAGCUGUCAGACAGACCGCCAAUUCAAACCGAAUUACUUUUCAAAAAUCACGAAUAUACGUAUUUAUCUCCGAACCGAGUUUCAGGGCGAAUACAUAUGAAUGUUUACGCUGAUUUGUCUGCGCGUUUUCGUCACGAAACAGAACGGCGCCGCCGGAGCAUCGGUGGGACAUUCAUCACUGUGACCAGGAGCUCACGAUUUUGAACCGUACACAAAUAUAUCACACCAGUUGUUUAAGUAAAUAGCCUCGGUGUGUUAGAUAACCUAUUAGACAUCUUUAGUAGCUUAUCUCAAUGCACAACUGUCCCGCAUCUUGACUGAAAUCGAUAGGCGCACUCCAAGUGUGAUUACGUGACAAACUCUAGUGCGAGCUCACACUCCCCCGCACACGCCUUGGGUUUUGCCCAAUCUGGAAUUUAGCCCGUGUGAAAUGCAUCAGCGAGGGUCGUUCGUCUCUCCGUUGCUCAGUGGUGUUUUCUGUCAGUGCCGCUCUGAGGAGUAUCAGGGCUCUGAUCCGGGGGGUGGUGGUCGGACUCUGAGCUCCACGAUUCCCGCAGCAUCAGUCUCCGAGCACGGCCACGAUGACUCCUGCGACUCCCCGCAUCAGUGUCCGGUGUGCGGCGGACCCGAGCAGGAGCAUCGGCUCAAGGUGCUCUUUCAGAUCCUGGAUGUCAACCGAGACGGAGGCAUCUGUGUCAACGACCUGACCAUUGGGCUGAAAAAGCUUGGCGUCCAUCGCACUGAACAUGAACUCAUGAAAAUCGUCAAGGCUGGAGACAAGGAUUUGGACGGCCAGUUGGACUUUGAGGAGUUUGUGCACUACCUGAGAGACCAUGAGAAGAAACUGAGGCUGGUAUUCAAGAGUCUGGACAAGAAGAAUGAUGGCCACAUAGACUCACAGGAGAUCAUGCAGUCACUAAGAGACCUAGGGGUUCAUAUAUCUGAAGAACAGGCUGAAAAGAUCCUCAAGAGAAUAAGGAGGGGCCAUUUUGGGGCCCCUAUAAUGUAUAUGGAUAAAAACGGUACAAUGACGAUUGACUGGAAUGAAUGGAGAGACUAUCACCUGCUCCAUCCUGCUGAAAACAUUCCCGAAAUCAUCCUCUACUGGAAGCACUCCACGAUAUUUGAUAUUGGGGAAAGUAUGAUGGUCCCUGAUGAGUUUACAGUGGAGGAGAAGAAGACAGGCAUGUGGUGGAGACAUUUGGUAGCAGGAGGAGGAGCAGGUGCUGUGUCCCGGACCUGUACCGCACCUCUGGACCGCCUGAAAGUUCUCAUGCAGGUUCAUGCAUCACGCAGCAACUCCAUGGGCAUCGCUCGAGGAUUUACCCAAAUGAUCCGUGAGGGUGGAAUUCGAUCGCUAUGGCGAGGGAAUGGUAUGAACGUUGUGAAGAUUGCACCUGAGACUGCGAUCAAGUUCAUGGCGUAUGAGCAGAUUAAGCGGCUAAUUGGCAGUAAUCAGGAGACGUUAGGGAUCCUGGAGAGACUUGUUGCUGGGUCUCUAGCUGGAGCUAUUGCUCAAAGCAGCAUCUACCCCAUGGAGGUUUUAAAAACUCGACUUGCUCUGGGAAGGACGGGUCAGUACUCUGGCAUUGUGGACUGUGCUAAAAACAUAUUUAAAAAGGAGGGUCCGGUAGCUUUCUACAAGGGUUAUAUUCCCAAUAUGCUGGGAAUCAUCCCUUAUGCUGGAAUAGACCUGGCGGUCUAUGAGACACUAAAGAACUCGUGGCUGCAGAGGUUUGCCACAGACAGUGCAAAUCCAGGUGUGUUUGUACUACUAGCUUGUGGUACAAUGUCUAGUACUUGUGGACAGUUAGCCAGCUACCCCUUAGCCUUAGUGAGGACACGCAUGCAAGCUCAAGCUUCUCUUGAAGGCGGCCCCCAGAUGACAAUGAGUGGUCUCUUCAGGAACAUUGUACAGACAGAGGGCGCUUUUGGACUCUAUAGAGGCUUAGCACCCAACUUUAUGAAGGUCAUUCCUGCUGUCAGCAUCAGUUAUGUGGUGUAUGAGAACCUUAAGAUAACCCUUGGUGUCCAGUCGCGGUGAGGGGAGUCAGAAGACUGUUAAAUCCUUAAUGGUUUUUAGUUUUUCCUCUCAAAUUUUCUUUUGGACGAAAGAGAUUGUCCAAGAGGGACGGUUUGCACUCAAGUGGAAGUGUCACAUCCAUUAUCCAAGAAAGAACUUACGGUGAAGACCUGAGGUUUACUUUGAUCACUGAAUGGUAGAGUAACUGGAGUAUAUAAAAGCAGGGAUAUCAUUAAAAGUAUAGUAAGAUUGAUACCUCUACACAUCAAAUAAAAUCUUAGCUGUGAGUAAAGUGUGGCAUUUCAAAAUGGGGGCUGAAUUAAAUUGCAGCACUACCCUCUUGCAUGCUUGAGGUCAUUUGAAAGAAUUUAGACUGCUUUAUUUUAAACUGAUUUUUGAUGACAAUUCUGCCAUCAUUUACUCACCCUCUUGUUGUUCCAAACCUGCAUUAAUUACUUUUUUCAGUGGAACACAAAUGGAGAAUUUUGAAGAAUGUUGAAGGUGCUUUUUCCCAUACAGUGAAAGUGAACCGUGACUGAGGCUGUCAGUCCUCAACAUUCUGCCUAACAUCACCUUUUGUGUUUCAUGGAAAAAAUAAAUUCUUGGAGCAACAUAAGGGUGAUUAAAAAUUGACCAUUUUCAUUUUUGGGUGAACUAUCCCUGUACAGAAGGGCCAGACGCCUGAUUUAUUCCUAGAUUUUGAUUUAGUAUGUGCAAAAUGUUACUGUUUGGAUAACUGGAAUUUUUAGAUUUAGUCCUGGUCUCUGCAGAUGACUAAAUUUCACUGGACAGCAGUGUUCAAUAAGAAAAGGACUUCAAAAUCCCUGUUUCAAUGACACUACUGUAUAAGAUAUUGCCCAGAUAUUUAGCAUUUUGCUUAUAAAAUGUAUUAUUAUAAUUAUUCAUCUGAUGUCUGAACUCACAUUUAUUAUUAGAUUAUUUGAUAUGCCAGUGUCUCGCAUCUUGAAAGGAAGAUUGUGUAUUGGAGUGUGUAUAAAACAUUGUUAUAACAAGGAGAAUACAGGGAAAUGUUUGAAUUAUCUCAUUUAAAGACGGAUGUGUCUUAUCCUUCAAAUGGUCCUAAUUAUAUUGUUAAGGGCCUUUUGACAUUUCAAUUUUAAUGUAUUUUCUAUGUUGUUUAUUUAUUUCAUUUUGAUUGCUAUGGUCACUAAAAUUAAGACUACUUAAAAUGAAGAACACUACAUUUGGUGGCUGGCAACAAAUCAAGUGUUAGGAAAAAAGUUGUAUUCAUCACUGAUUGCUUAAGGUUUAAAUUCAACUACUUUGUGACAGUUCAGUAUUAAGUCAUGUUGUAGAUCAAUUUAAAACAGUUUUUUUGUUUUGUUUAAAUUAGAUAUUUCAUAGGUUUGAGAAUUCAACACCAGCUUAAAUGCAGUGGGUCAAGUUGUCUAAGAAGAUACUGUCCAGUCUUAAGUUAGAGAAAGAAAUUUGGCUAUUUCAUUUGUUUUACAUAUAGGCAAUUAUUGUUUAGUCACAUAUAAAUGAUAUAUUCUUGAAAUAUAUUUCCUACCAGUAUUAGUUUGCAAGCAAUUCAAAUUUUAAUAUAAUGCUCUGAUUUAAACUCCCUUCUAGUCAAGGACAUAUUUAAGCACUUUGUUUUAGUAAAACUAAUUCAGACUUGAAUUUUCAUUGGAGGGUUUACAGUGGAAUGGAAUAAUUGUAUUCUGUAGUUGUAUGUGAUUAAUUUUAAGAAGACAAUGUAUCUGUUUUCAGGCAAAAAAGUUUCAGUCGUUGUAAAGAAAUCACUUUUUGACUGGGACACUGUGAAAAAAAAUAGUUGCUAAUGAGUCUAUUCUGCAGCAGUAGAUAAAUAUCAUAUAUAUUUGAGGAUGGCAUAAUUUGCGAUUGGCAUCCAGAUGUUUAGGAUGUGCAUUUUGAUCAACAAGAAAAAGAAUUUGCUCUCACAGCUAUUGCAUGUCAAGACCUAAAACCCACCAGUUCGAUGGGUUUUCCCCCUAUGUAAUUCUACAAGAUCUUAGUGUUCAUAUCGUUGCCUUAUUUAUCAUUAAAAUAACGCUGCUUUUAGACUCUAUGGGGAAACAUGAGGAGAUAAAGUGACAAACUGAAAUAUUUUUCUAAAGAUUUAAUUCUCAGGGAGAAUUUAAUGGUCUUAGACACUCCUGUGUAGUUAUGUGUUGCAGAUUCUUCUGAGACUCUUUUCUAUUGAGCUCUGGAAUGUCUGCAUGUAUAUAACUUGUAUAGAAUGUUUCAGUUUGUGAAGACAUAGGAACAGUUUGCCUUGUCCAAAUACCAGCCUCAAUAAGAAAAGAAUGGCUUAGAUUAGUGAAAAAUGGCAAGUGCAAUCAUUACUCCAUGCCCCUUUUCCAUACCCCGAUGGUGGUUGAAUUGAACUAAGCUGUGGUCUGAUUCCCUUUGAAUCACAUCAGUCGUUGGAAUGCAUGUAUGUGUCUUGUCAAAAUAUGCACAAAUUGCACUGUAGUGUAUUUACAGGGCUUUGAAAGCUGUAUUGCCUGCCUCAAUGGAUGCAGCUUCUUUUUGUCUAAGUUUCUUGUUUUGCAUUUUGCACCUUUUUUUUUUUUUUCUCACAGGAGAAAUCUUUGGACCAAUCUGGACUUUUGCAUGGUUGUGUUGAGACUAAAGGCUUUAAAUUUGUAUGUGUUUUUUUCCAUUCUAUAUAAUCAAGGAAUGCCCCUCUAUCAGACUGCCUCAAAUUUGCCUUACCGUUCCGCUGUUUGCUAGCCAUGUUACGCCUUCUGCAAGUUUAAAUGCACACUGUUUGCCACAUGUAUAUAUCAAUAUGUACUGUUGCUGGGGUCCCUUAAGUAUCAAAAGCACACAUGCUAAAACACAUAUUUCUACUGCAAAACAUAUCUAGAUGUGAUGACACAUCAGUUAAGUUUUAGUUGAUGUUGAGAUGUGCGAAUCAAUGCAAAACUCUUUACUGGACAAUAAAAUAAAAUAAAAUAUACGUUGUCCUCCUGUAGAAUGCAUAAAUUGGAUGUAGAGCAAAAAUGUUUAUAAUUG